AUGAAAACCCUAGACUUCUUCCCCUCGCGCCGCCGGACUUUUUGCCCCCACCGCUGGACAUGUCCGCGCCGCCGCCCCGUCCAAUCCCGUCUCGCCACGUCGCCUCCCCGCGCCCACAUCGCCGCCGCCGCCCGGGGCCCAGAUCCGGCCCGCCCCGGGUCGAACCGGGCCACGCCGGGCCCGCGCCGCCCGCGCGGUCCUCCGCCGCCCCGCGCCAAGCGCCGUCGCCUCCCGCGCCCGUCCGGCCGCCGCCUCGCCGGCGCGCCUCGCUGCCGCGCCACCCGCCGCCGCGGAUCUCCUACGCCGCCCCCGCAACUCCUCGCCGGCGCCGUCCUCGUCGCGGCCGCGCGCUCCGGCCGCGAGCUUGCCGGCCCCGCGCGCCGUCCCGCGGCCGGAUCCGGCGUCCCUCGUCGGGAAUCCGCCCGUCCCCUCCGUCUCCGGCCGUGCUCCGGUGAGUGCCCCAGCCCCGCCUCGUUUUCCGCGCUCCCCGGUCCGGAUCUGGAAUUCUCAGGUUGA